AUGAAUGCUUCCGUCAUAGUAGUGUAUGAUAGCUUACCCGAACAGAUUGGACGUUCUGAUUUAGCCACCGGAGCUUUUAACAAUGUGAAAGCGUCGAGUUUGAAUAGCCCAGGGGUAUCUGCGAGGCUAUUGGUUAUCGAACGCGUGUCGUCAAAUCUAAAUCCAGGAUGUAGGAUACAUUGUUACUCGAGACCUGAGAGGUAUAACAGCUCUAGAAAUUUCACCAUUUCGUCAACGAACACCAAAACCCUUCUCCAGACCACCAUGUCUACACCAAGCAUCUCACAAAUUCCUCAACCACACGACACCGCUUCCACAAUGAACGGCACUUCUUCCCGAACUUACUAUGUUCAUAGUGGUCUCUACAACUUACACGGGCACAGGUUACGCCGCAUCCCCUUGCAGCCUUUGUCUCCUUCUAAGCUCCCGACACGCAAUGAUUGGCAAGAGACUUUGGAUAAGUUACCGCCUGAGACCAAUCUAGAGGGAGCUCCAGAUAUGAUUUGCGCAGUCUGCCAAUAUAGCCUGGGGGAGUCUGAAGAUGAAGAAUCGGCAUUUCUCGCAGAACUCCCCUUCGCGACCCACCUUAUGGGCGGCCACGCUGUGCGCCUUCCCUGCCAACAUGUUUUUCAUAUUGACUGUGCGAAAGCCCACUUUUUGGUCAAUACGAACUGCGUGAUAUGUCGUCACCCCUACUACGAGCUCAAAAGUACGCUAACCGCCCGUCGCGAGGCAUUCGAGAGUCUGAGUCUGUCUGAGCUGUCGGGUAUGUACCCUUCCCACUUAUUCUACGAUGUAGAGAUCCCGGUCUUUUUUGAGACAAUCUUCGGACAGAUUCUUGAUGUCCUCCGCGCCCUUGCCGACUUCUCAGGCAGUCGGGAUAUCUUGAGAAACGAGCACUGUCCCACUAGCAAGCUUCUGGGCAAGAUCCGCUCAGCUUUGCAUAGAGAGCAGUACACCAUCUGCGAAUGGGAAUGGCUCUUUGACAUCAUUCUCAGACGCGUUAUAGACGAUCACACGGUCGGUCUAUUAGGUCGUACCCGUCGGGACAGAGGCGCUAGAACCACUAGGGCAAGAGAGAUUCGUCGUGUCAGGGCCCUUGCAUUGUGGGCUUGUUAUAUCGGGCUUAAGGUUUUCGCUCUGAAAAUGACGUUUGUUCCAUUAGUCCAGAUUAUCGAGGUUGAAGUUGGUCAUGGACAUAAAAGGUGGAGAGACUGCUGGAUCGACCAAUUGGGAACUGAUAGUGUCUUCGAAUUCCGCGAGUUCUUGCUGGAACGCGAAGAAGAGGAAGAGGUGUUUGAGUUCGAAGACGCGGAUCCCCCCUUUGAGGACGAGCGCUCCACACCCGAAGACGAUGCCCCCGAAUCUGAGGAAGGGGAGGACUUAGGCCCCCGCAGACGCCUUGCCAGGCAGUAUGCAGAAGUCUACGGUUUCUACCAAGCCUUAUUGGCUCGACCUAAUGCGGCUCGUUCGCUUGAUAGCAGUCGAGAGGUUCUUCUCGAGCGGAUGCGCGACCAAGUACAGGCUCUGGAACCCUUUCACUACUUUGAUGAGGAGGAGGAUGAAACUGAAACUGAGGGUUCGUGA